UGGGAACAGCAUCCAAAUGGAGGAGAUGUUUUGCCAACGUUCCUGCAGUGUGUUUCAUUUACAAGGGGAAGCUUGGAACCAUAUAAAAGGCUCCUGUCCCUUUGCCUCUCACAAUCUGCUCCCUGGUCAACGUCUGCGCUCCCUCGUGAGUUGGGUUGUUCCCUACAACUCAAACAUGAUAUACUCUUCUGGAAGAGAAUCAUACUUCAACUUGAACUCAACCUGGUAUGAUCCAUCGGGGUCCUGGCUGGACACCCGGCGCACACCCUUCCGCUACGGCUACAACACCUGCUCCUCGGGGUGUGACAACGAAGGUGUCGAAGGCAUGAGAGGGCACGACUACCGGCAUUAUGGCUACCGGCAGCCAGUCUGCUCCGAGAGGUGUCACGGCUAUGCUGCAGCCAGUUCCUGCCAUGGAGGCGGGGGCUCGAGCUGCGUCCGGAGACCCACACACAGCUGUGGGUCAUCGGGGGGAUGCAACAGCUACGGGAGAUCUGUCUGUGCUGAGAGAUGCCAUGAGCCCUCAGGUUCAUGCCAAGGAGGAGGUUCAAGCUGUGUCAGGAGGCCCACAUACAGCUACGGGUCAUCUGGGGGAUGCAACAGCUACAGGAGGUCGGUCUGCGCUGAGAGAUGCCACGAGCCUUCAGGCUCAUGCCAAGGAGGAGGUUCAAGCUGUGUCAGGAGGCCCACACAGAGCUAUGGGUCAUCUGGGGGAUGCCAGAGCUAUGGGAGGUCGGUCUGCGCUGAGACGUGUCAUGGAUCAGGAUACCAGGGGGGGAAACCUGGAAAACCAAGGCAGCAGGUUGCACAGUGCUGCCCGGUGCAGACCUGUCCCCCUCCAGUGCAGGUCUGUCCCCCUCCAGUGCAGGUCUGUCCCCCUCCAGUGCAGGUCUGUCCCCCUCCAGUGCAGCAACGUUGUGUGCCCGUGACAAAGUGCAUCCCAAGACAGCAGCAAAAGCAGGUCUGCAAAGUGCCAGCCCAGAAGACAAAGUAGAAGACUUGAGGAGUAGGUAUGAAGGAGGGAAACUUGUUGCUCUCACACAUUGCACUUGAUGUUUGGAAUGUCCUGUGUUGAUCGUGGAUUUCCACUCUUCCUGUCAUUUCGCUUGUAACGCUCUUUGAAGAUGUAACCCACUGUCUCUGUGAAAUAUUAAGUUCUGUUCACCUCCUUAUUUCACAGUAGAUGUGGAGGCAAUAAAAAUGCAUUGUUCAUAA